AUGUCUCUUUCAGAAUACAUUGAAACCGCCACCACGGGCCUUCCUACCUCAAUCCCCUCCUCCAGCAAAGUGUAUAAGGAUGAGUGUAUGUACACAUUCGACAAUGCCGAAAAUACGCCCCGGGGACUUGACGUUUGCAUGUCUUGUUUCCAGGCAUUUUCGAGAACUGAACAUCGCAACUGGACAUCGGAACACUACCAGAAGAAGAGACAUCUGCUCUUUUUGAACAUAAAGAAAUCUUUAAAACCUGAGUCGGAUCGGCCCUCUCCCUUCCUGCUGGACCUGGCCGAUACUAGACUGCCGAAAGCUCCCAAAUUGGAAAUCGUGCAACAAACGGACCUGGACUUGUAUCUGACAACAUAUGCGGUAUAUGUAUCACCUUUAGAUGCAGAGCUUGACUUGGAGAGCUGUCCGGAUGCUACGAGAAACUUGGUAGACCAGAUUUUACUGGCCAACUCGGCAAAUACAGAUAAUGACAUACAAGCAUGGGAACAUGAGGUUUUUGCAUGUGAGCACUCUUCGAGCCUUGACCCAACUCACGAGAGCGGAAGUAAUGCUGACGUGUCUAUUUGUUCAGCCUGUGAAUUGACCCUGAACUUGUGGGUCUGCUUGUCCUGUGGAUCAGUAAGCUGUGGCCGCGCCCAAUUCGGAACUGACAUCAAGGGCAACUCUCAUGCAUUGGCUCAUUAUGAACAGACGGGCCAUGCAGUUGCUGCUAAACUUGGUUCGCUUUCUGCAGAAGAGGAUAAAUGCGACUGCUACUGCUACAAGUGUAACGAUGAAGUAAAAGUUCCUGGGCUUGCAUCUAUAUUAGACUCUUACGGCAUCAACUUGAAUGAUGCCGUCAAAUCAGAGAAAACUCUUAUUGAGUUGAAUCUAGAAACAAACAAAAACUGGCAAUUCAAUCUCGAUGGAAGCGAUGGUGAACUACUUUCCCCAGUAUUUGGACCUGGCUUGACAGGCAUGAAGAACCUCGGCAAUUCUUGUUACAUAAAUUCGGUUAUCCAAGCGCUCUUCAACCUUCCAGCUUAUAGGGAAUUUUUCCAGACCCGUGCAUUUGAUGAUACAGUCGAGAAUCCGGCCAUGGACUUGAAUUCGCAGCUUAUCAAACUCUAUGAUGGCUUAAACUCCGGCAGAUACUCAAAGCCUAGUGGCUUAAAGGGUGAUCUGUACCAGGAGGGAAUUAGACCAGACUCUUUCAAGAACCUCAUCGGUGAAAAUCAUACAGAGUUCCGAACCAACAAGCAGCAAGAUGCAAACGAAUUUUUUCUCUAUUUGUUCGACAAACUUGACAAAGAGUAUGGUUUGAACCUAAACAGGGAUUUGAAGUUUGUACUUGCCAGCAAGCUAGUCUGUAAUAGCUGUCAUAAUGGACUGAUGACUCGCGAGCUCGUCGAUACAGUAUCUGUUCCGGUAGACUUGAAGGUAGCAAGUGUUGAUGAAAAUGGAAAAAAGAUUUACGAGCCAACGACCUUUGAAAGGGGUCUCGAGCUUUUGACAGGCCUUGAAACUAUCGAGGGAUACUCAUGCGAGUCAUGUGGUCAACGGACUGAGGCAACAAAGCAGACAGGAUUCGAAACGUUCCCCAGAUAUCUCAUGACAAGCUUGCAAAGAAUCCAAUUGGACAAUUGGCAGCCCGUGAAAGUUGAUGUUCCUGUUCAUUUGCCAGAAAUACUCAAUCUUGCAACCUUCAAGGCGCCCGUUUUCGGGCCAAACGAAAAUGAAAUUCUGAAGGAUUCACCUGGAUCCGCGAAGCCAUCUUUCGCGCCAAAUGAUGAAGCAUUGAUGACGCUCCAAAGCAUGGGUUUCGGCGAGCAACGCUGCAUCCGUGCCCUUUACAAUACGGAUAACAAAGGUGCAGAAGAAGCAAUGAACUGGAUCUUUGCUCACAUGGAUGAUGCUGAUAUCGACACUCCGUUUACCGUUCCAUCUAACGACGGAACCAGCUCCACUGAGGCUGAAGUACCUCAAGACGCCAUCGACAAUUUGGUAUCCAUGGGAUUUGGAGCCCAGCUUGCGCGCAAAGCGUUGUAUCUCCAUCUGAAUGAUCCAAAUGCCGCUGUAGAGUGGCUUUUCAGCAAUCCAGACGAUGAUGGUGUGAUUGAAAACACAUCCCCUAAGGUCAAUGUUGCAGAACAAACGAAAAACCUUCUUGAGGAACUAUUGGAAAAGGCAAAAUCUCAAAAUCAAACUGCUGACUACAAAGUGAAGGCCGUGAUCUGCCACAAGGGCAGCUCGCCUCACACAGGCCACUAUGUUGUAUUUAUCCGGAUUGACGACAAAUGGGUGCUCUUUAACGAUGAAAAGGUCGUUGACUGCGGCGAGAAGACAGAUGAAAUCGAAACAUGUGGAUACUUGUACCUUUUCGAAAAAAUCUAA